GCUGAUGAUGCCACUAUGGGGAAGCCGGUCAACAAGGGCAACGACGUCAUGAUCACGUCCAACGGCAAAGUAAGAUGGCUAGCACCGGUGGUUCUCAAGAGUACCUGUAAACUUAACGUCAGGUAUUUUCCAUUCGACGAGCAGUUUUGUGGUCUUGAAUUUGCAUCAUGGACCAGUGGAGACCUGAAGAUUCAGCCAGGAAAAAGAMAAGUAUUGAAGAAUUAUACAGAAAGUUCUGAAUGGAUCCUCCUUGGUGUUCUUGUUGGCCAAACAACCAUCAAACAUUUUGAGAACGCCAAAAAAUCAGGAGUUAUCUAUGUGAUCGACAUCAAACGACAGGUCUUCUACUACUUUCUGUACCUUAUCACGCCAUGCAUGCUGGUAUCGUUGUUGACAACAGUGCUGUUUGUGCUUCCACCUKCAAGCGGGGAGUUGAUGGUUGUGGGGGUAACGCUUCUGCUGUCACUGACAGUUUUCUUCUUACUGGCGUCUACCCAUAUUCCAGAAACGUCUGAAGUUGUUCCACUAAUCGGGAGGUAUUACUCGCUGACAAUCAUUCAGAUUUCAUGCUGUCUGGUUCUCUCUUGUUUUGUCCUACGAAUGCACCAGGCCUCAUUUG